AUGCCUUCCCGCAACAUAUGGGCCACAGUGCCCUCGCUGUUACUACUCGCCCUGUCGCCCCUUGCCAAUGCUGCCUGUGAGUGCGGCUACUCGGUCAACAAGACGACGGACCCCUCGUACGCCGUCUUCACCGAACUGGUCGAGAACGACUUCCUGCACACCAAGACGGACCAGCUCUCACAGGUUGGCUGGAGACCCCAGCAGUACAAUGUCUCGGCCAAGGACGCCCGAGGCCCCUACGGCAAGGCCAUGGAAGUGAGCAACGUCCUGACCAACCCUUUCAAGGACGACAAUGCCUGGUCGGGAGACGCCGAGCACGGUGGCGAUGCCGGGCUCGAGCUGUGGGUUCGAGGCAACCACGCCGAUGGCUUUGUGAGCAGCGCCGAAGUCGUCAGCAUGCGCAACGACUCGAGACUGGGCUCUUUCCGUGUCGGCAUGAAGCUGUCCAACUCGUCGGGAACUUGCGGCGCAUUCUUCUUUUACCACAACAACUCGCAAGAAAUCGACAUGGAAUUCCUCUCGCACCAAUUCAACGAGUCCCAGGGCGCCGUCAACCUCGUGCUCCAGAGCCCCCAGUCCGUCAGUAAUGGUUUCGCGGCCCAGGGCACAAACGGCUUCGUAGUCAAGAAGCUGCCCUUCCGCCCAGACGAAAAGUUCCACGAGUACCGCUUUGACUGGACCCCUGGCAGUGUCGAUUUCUUCGUCGACGGCCAGCUCCUCCACCAGAUGACGGAGAAUCUUCCCCAGGAAGGCGGCAGUAUUUUCUUCAACCACUGGAGCAACGGUGACCCUUCAUGGUCGGCCGGCCCACCCGGCCGCGACACCGUCAUGACCAUCUCGUACGUCAAGUCGUACUUCAACUCGACCGACACGGAGCGAUCGCAAAACGCCUACAAGAAGCGCUGCGCCACGUACGACCCAACCAAGGUCUGCGCCAUUCCCAACCAAAUGACUGCACCGGACCCAAGCUUAGGCCCGGACGCCGCCAAGACAUACUUCUUCUCAACCGACAAGCAAGGAGACAUGACUCCUGGCCAAACAAUCUUUAAGAACGGAGCCACAACAGUAUUUGCUGCCCCAUUGGCAUCCCUCGCCGUCCCUGCCCUCGUCAUGCUGCUCAGUGCCGCCCUGGCAUGA